CCGCAGGAUGACCACAAGCUGUCCCUGGAUGAGCUGGGCAGGAAGUACCAGGUGGACCUGUCGCGGGGCCUGACCAACGCACGGGCGGCCGAGAUCCUGGUGCAGGACGGUCCCAACGCGCUGACGCCCCCCCCCACCACCCCCGAGUGGGUCAAGUUCUGCCGCCAACUUUUCGGGGGCUUCUCCAUCCUCCUCUGGAUCGGGGCCAUCCUCUGCUUCCUGGCCUACGGCAUCCAGGCUGCCAUGGAGGAUGAGCCCUCCAACGACAAC